AUGGAGAAGAGGAUGGAGAUGGAGAAAGGGGAUGAGGAUGAGAUGGAUGAGACGAUGGGCUUCAGGAAGCGGAUGAGGAUUCAGAAAGGGAUGCGCAACGGGAUGGGGACGGUGACAUCGGUGUCCCUGUCCCGUAUGUUCCAGACCAACAUGUCCCUGCUCCCUCUAUCCUCAUCCCAAGGGACUCGGGUGUCCCAGUCCCAUAUGUCCCUCUCCCAGGUGACCCAGUCCCAGAUUUCCCAGUCCCAGAUGUCCCAGUUCCAGGUAUCCCUUUUCCCAGUGUCCCAGUCCCAAGUGACCCAGCUGCCCCUGUCCCAGGUUUCCCAGUCCCACUUGCCCCUGUCUCAGGUGAUCCGGAUGUCCCAGUCCCAGGUGUCACAGUACCAUAUGUCUGUUUCCAGUAUCCCCAUCCCAAAUUACUCAGGUUUCCCAGUCCCAGGUUUCCCAGUCCCAGUGACCAUGUAUCAGGUGAUCCUGGUGUACCAGUCCCAGGUGUCCCUGUCCCAGAUGUCCCAGUCCCAGGUGUCCCAGUACCACAUGUCUGUUUCCAUGUCCCUGUCUCAGGUGAUCCCGGUGUCCCAGUCCCAAGUGACCCCGCUGCUUCUGUCUCAAGUUUCCCAGUCCCAAUUGUCCCUAUUUCAGGUGAUCCUGGUGUCCCAGUCCCAGGUUUCCCAGUCCCUCUUGUCCCUGUUCCGAGUCUCCCUGUCUCAGGUGAUCCUGGUGUCCCUGUCCCAGAUGUCCCAGUCCCAGGUGUCCCAGUACCACAUAGAAGGUGGUGUUCUGGCCACCGGUGGCACCCGCCGGGGCAUCGUGGUCUCCACCUUGGCCGAAGCCCGGUUCUUCGCUGCGGGGGGCUCCGAUGACAUGCUGCGGCAGGCGGGUGUGCCGUGUCCCCAGGCCAGCAUCGGCUCCACACCAUCCUGCAGCCACCCGGUGCCGGAGAUGGCCCAACUCACCGAGCUCCACCCAGGCAACUACCUCUUCUACGACCUUCAGCAGACCCAGCUGGGUUCCUGUCACCCGGAGGAGGUGGCCAUCCGUGUCCUCACCAGGGUCAUCGGUCACUACCCCCACCGCAACCAGCUUCUGGUGGACUGCGGGUGGGCCGCCCUCAGCCUCCACGGCCGCGCCCACGCGUUCCAGCGCUUCCCGUUGGACAGUAUCUUGGUUCUCAUCCCCUUCCAUGCCUGCGCCACCGCCGCCAUGCACCCCGUCUACUACGUCCACGCCGAGGGGAAGGUGGUGGAGCUCUGGCACCCCGUCCGUGGCUGGUAG